GGAGCGUGCAGAACACCUCACUUUGUGUAGGUAUAUGAGUUUGGAAAAUAUACGGCUAAGAUAAGAAAGUGACUUCAUUUUCUCAAACAAAGCGUGAAGUUGAUACAAAAGUCAAGGGCGUGUAUUAACGACCCCGUUAGGCAAAAGCUGGCACGCAUCAGUAGCUCGCCGCUUGUCUCGACAUUCUCGGGUGCCACGUGUCUUAGCAACGCUAUCAUAUUGUCUCCUCUCUUUACUCGCUUGGGCGGCGCCAAGUCAAAUCCCGCAUUGACCGCACUCCCUUAAUACACUCCCCUGUUCUCUAUAUAAAAACCAACCCAGCCUAUCCUCUCUCCAUUACAAAUCGCAAUACAUAGUGUAACUCUAGUUAAAAUCCCAUCUAUCUAUUUACAGCCAACAAUGGCACCCAAAGAUAAAACAAAUAAUGGCGCAACUAAAAGGAGCUCUGGAAACACUGAGAUGCAUUACAGAGGAGUCAGGAAGAGGCCAUGGGGCCGUUAUGCCGCCGAGAUCAGAGACCCUGGUAAGAAGAGUCGGGUCUGGCUCGGUACCUUUGAUACCGCCGAGGAUGCGGCGAGAGCGUACGACGCGGCAGCUCGUGAGUUUCGUGGCCCUAAGGCUAAAACCAACUUCCCUUUACCCAACGAAAUUGCACCCGUCGUAAACAGAAACAAUAGCAAUCACCAGAGUCCUAGCCAGAGUAGUACGGUGGAGUCCUCAGAGCAAGAGAUGGAGCGCGAAGUCACGCGCCAUAUUGGCGGUCGGAACGGGUAUGUGGGUCGGUUUCCGUUUGUGUAUCAGCAGCCGAGUGGUGUGGCACUGGGUGGGUGCGUGACCCACGCGCCUCCUGUUUUGUUUCUUGACACGUUGGUAAGGCCUGAAAUGAUGGGUCCGGUUUAUCCACUUCGGUUUGAACCGAUUGGGGUUAGUAGAGUUAGCGGUGGUGGGGUUCGGAGUGAGUCAGAUUCAUCAUCGGCCGUCGAUUGUAAGCCAAGAAGAGGUCUGAAUCUUGAUCUCAACCUGGCCCCACCAGUGGUGGAUGCAUGAUGGAUGAGUUUAUAACCGUUGAUUUUGAACAGAUUUGUGGAAACAUAAAUUUUUAGUUGUUUGGUACUUAUUUCUUCUUUUAUCAUGUUAAAAUAGAUGGUGGAACUAGAGAGUGAUGAAUGAUGGAGCUGUUUAAAUGAUGUAAAUAAUAAGUUAGGUUCCUCUUUUUGCAGCUUAGAGAAGUUAUUAAAGUUUCUCUAUCCUGUUUUUGUUGUAACCUCUAGUGGCACUAAAUAUAAUUUUCUAUUUCCUA